GUAUGUGUCCCUCAUGCAUCACCAGCCCCAGCCACAGCACCCAAGUUUCGAAAACUUCAACACCACGAAUAUUUUCUUCAUGGCCUAUGCCGGGAGCCUGUGUUCCGACAUGACUGCUGAGGAAAAGGAUAUUCACAGAACUUGCUACUCGAGUCUCAUUGACAAACCCAAACUGGAGGCUGUCCUGACCCAACUUCCUGAAUUCAGUAAGGACUUCUCGUGCCCAAAGGAUUCCUACCACUUCCCCAAACGGUUAUGUGCCCAAUUCCACUGACUAUUAAAGUAUUCUUAUAUCCAGCAUAGGUUUUG